UUGGGCUUUCCUUCCUUGACAGCUGUCACUGUACGCUGAGGUCAAGGGGAAAGAAGCAUGGCUGCGUUGUUUAGAGGGUCGCGAAACCUAUUGUUGGGGGGGACAAAGCAUGUCGACCUUGCUUUCGUGUCAUCGCGAUCAAUGGCUUCAAAAACCCCCAUUGGGUUUGUUGGCCUGGGGAACAUGGGCAGCCCCAUGGCCAAAAACCUGCUAAGAAACGGUUAUCCUGUUAUUGCCACUGAUGUCUUCCCUGAGUCUUGCAAGGAGCUGCAGGACAUGGGUGCCCAGGUAGUAGACUCUCCAGCAGACGUGGCAGAAAAAGCCGACCGCAUCCUCACAAUGCUCCCCUCCAGUCCAAAUGUGAUUGAAGUCUACACAGGUCCAAAUGGCAUCCUCAAGAAAGUGAAGAAAGGAACCCUGUUGAUUGACUCCUCCACCAUCGACCCUGCCGUCUCGAGAGAGAUGGCCGUCGCUGCAGAGAAGAUGGGUGCUGUGUUCAUGGACGCUCCAGUGUCAGGAGGUGUCGGCGCUGCCAGCUUGGCCAAACUGACCUUCAUGGUGGGGGGAGCGGAGGAGGAAUACAACGCUGCGCAGGAGCUGCUCACCUGCAUGGGAGCCAAUGUUGUCUACUGUGGAGGGGUUGGCACUGGACAGGCCGCUAAGAUCUGCAACAACAUGCUCCUGGCCAUCGGGAUGAUUGGGACCGCAGAGACAAUGAACCUUGGCAUCAGACUGGGUUUGGACCCCAAGCUGCUGGCAAAGAUCCUCAACAUGUCUUCAGGUCGUUGCUGGUCCAGUGAUACGUACAAUCCAGCCCCUGGCGUCAUGGAGGGAGUCCCCUCUGCCAACAACUACCUGGGGGGCUUUGGAACCACACUAAUGGCCAAGGAUCUUGGUUUGGCUCAAAACACUGCCACCAACACUAAGACACCCAUCCCUCUCGGUUCCCUCGCCCACCAGAUCUUCAGAGUCAUGUGCGCCCGCGGCUACGCUAACAAGGACUUCUCAUCCGUCUUCCAAUUCCUACGUGAGGAGGAAGGACAGUGAAUGGAGGGGGAGCACAGUUAACUGUGAUGUGACCAUACAUAAACCCACAUGCACACACUACAACCACACACCCCAGUGCCCCUUAUCCCACUAUGCUCAGGAGAGACGAAGGUCUUACCCUCCGGCGCAGAUCUGCGCUCCAAUUAACAUACUGUAUGUCGCAACAUGUCCCCUCAUAGCAUUAGCUGAAUCAUAUUUUCAAUUCACGACUCUCUCCCUGCAUGGGGGAAAUGCUAAAACUGACCUUAGAUCAGUAUCUAGAGACAAAGCAACUCUCUUCCCAGUCUGGGCUGAGAGUGGAAAAUGAGAAGUAGGAUGAAGCGCUGAAGGCUUAUGGAUAGCAUUCAAAUAAUAUGUGGAUUUUCAAGAUGAUUGAUAAGUAAUAACUGCAUGAUUGUUCAAAGUUAAGGUAUGCUUUUGUUGGGUUUGUGCUGCGUAUUGCCUGUUACCCAAAUGACCUCUGGCCUGUCAUUGCUAAAUAAAUGAGGACAGAAAAGAAAGCUACAGUAAGGAUUCACAUAGUGAUGGACUUUUCAUUGAAGAGACAGUGCAAGAGAGUGCAGAGUUAAAGGCACCCCAUUUCUAUUGGGAGAAGAGAAAAUCCCAUAUUCUCAACAUGUAAGGUUGAGCUAGCCACACCAUGGACUCAAAGUUCACUUGUUUUGUUACAUUUGUCUGUUUAUGGCAGGGAGGUGGAUGUCAUUCAAUCACCUCCUCGUCAUGUGAGUCAUCCUGCCAGCAAAACUUUGUAUUUGUUGAUUUCAUUUUUCAGUCAUCCAGUUUAUUUUUCACGUUUCAUUUUGUAACAACAUUUGCAUCAGCCCUCACUGGAUAGACCACUCAACUUCUGCAUUACAACUUUAAAUACUGUGAUAUAUACCUGGUUAUUUUUGCACUGUGUGCAUCGCAGUGCGAUGUGCCGGGCCAUUUUGAUACAGUUACAGAAUCUUUCAAACUUACCUCAACCGUAUACAUCUGCUUAUCGAGCCACUCGAGUAUUAUUUUGUGACCAAUCUACUCUUCACUACAAAAUGUUGUUCUCAUUGUCUAGCACUUUCUCUCGCCAGGUUUGACUUUGAAUAUCUCUCCUCUCUUUCUCUCUGUCUCUCAACUUGUACGACAUCCAUGUAAAGUGUAAGCGAGGAACAUUUCCUCCCUGCUCUAAACAAAUGUACAUAAUGUAUAUUUCAUAUUGUUGCGUAGUAUUGAAGAAGAAUCGAAAUGGACUGUCACUUUUGUAGUAAAAUUCAUUAAUAGUGUCUACAGUUUGUCUUUGCUCUGUUAAACAGAUCCUCAGUCACGCUGUAACCUAAAAUAAAAGAUGUUCUGUGUA